AUGGCCCUUGGCCCAGGCCAGCAAACUCUGGCCGCGAGAGCCGUGAUCCUGCACCCUCGAGGCGUAAGCACCUCAGGCGAGCGCGGAGUUGAUGGGGUGCGGUCCGUGCGGCCAAGACCUUUGGUGUGUGACAGCUGGGCCGCCGUCGCACUUCCAGCUCAUGACCACGACAACCCCGACGAGAGAGACGACAGCGCUACGCACACCACCGUCCUCCCCCUGGCUGCUUUGUCUCGUGUGCCCCUAACCGUCGCUCGAAAUGACUAUGAUUGUUUCUACGCAUCAGUUUUCGAGGUCGAAAACCCGGCUUUGAAAUCUCUCCCGCUUGCUGUUCAGCAGAAGCAAAUUGUUGUCACUUGUAACUACGAAGCUCGGCGACGCGGGCUCCGGAAGCUCCAGCUCAUUAAAGAGGCGAAGAAGGUCUGCCCCGAUGUAGUAAUUGUGCUUGGCGAGGACCUGACCAGGUUCCGUGAUGCGUCGAAAGAAUUGCACUCUUUCCUAAGAAAAUGCGUGUGGAAUGACUUUGCAGAGAAAUUGGGGUUCGAUGAGGUUUUUCUUGAUGUCACCGCAAUGGUAGACUACAAUAUUCAAUUUUUGAAUUUCAAUAACCUCCAAUCUUCUUUUUUUCAGCUCGACAAGAAUGACCCAACCGUGGGAUUCGCGUUUGAUGCUUCCAUGUUUUGUGGGCCUACCUAUCCUACUGAGAAGUCAUCUAUUUUGAGUCGUCAAAAACUGGCAGGGCAACUGGUGCUCUCAGAUUCAUUAGACAUACGGCUGAUAUUAGGCUCACAUCUUGCAAAUUAUCUACGACAUCAGCUGGAAGAGCACACCCGUUACAGUGCCACAGUUGGUGUUUCCACAUCAAAGUUGUUGGCUAAAUUAGUUGGAAAUGUAAACAAACCCCGAAGCCAGACCACACUGAUACCCCCAUAUUUGACAGAGGAUUGUGAGCAAAAUAACAUCCUGAAGUUUCUUGAUCCACAUGAAAUUGGAAAAAUUCCUGGAAUUGGAUUCAAAAUGGCAAGUCGUAUUAGAGCUCAUAUACUAGGCCGGCAAUCUAAAUCUGGAAUAUACCAAGAACUGAGUGCCAGUGAUAAAGUCACUGUUGGAGAUGUACGUUUAUUCCCAGGUAUGGGACCGCCAAAGCUAGAUCAUAUUUUAGAAGGCGGUGGGUGGCCAAAGGAUAUUGGCACCAGAGUUUGGUAUUUGCUUAAUGGGGUUGAGGAUACAGCAGUGGCGCAGGGUAGAAAUAUUCCUUCUCAGAUCAGCAUCGAGGAUUCUUAUGCGCAACUUGAUUCCAUACAAGCUGUCCAAAAGGCGGUAACUCUACUCGCCCACAGCCUCCUUCGCCGCAUGCAUGCAGAUCUGACAGAGGAAGAUGGCUCAGAAGAUGAUCGUAUGCGCUUAGAAACUACAGAAACGGCAACCAAAAAGAAAAAAAAGUGGCUAGCACAGCCACGCACGCUGCGUCUUUCUACUCGCGCACGUCCUGUGGCAUCUUUAAAUGGAAGUCAAUCCUUCCAAGGCAACAGAAUAUCUAAGUCAUGUCCAAUGCCCCAGUUUAUUUUUUCCUUCACGGAAAAUGCACAGACACUGUCUCAGCGUCUCGUGGAGGAUACGAUUAUACCUCUUUUUCGAAGGCUCCACCCGGAUAAAUCUGGGUAUAAGCUCAGCCUCAUCAACAUUGCGGUAACGAAUAUGCUUGAAUGUGCUGGCACUGACAAGGGCAGCAUAGGCCAAGACAUUGGGAAGCUGUUUCGAAGCCGAGAGAAUGAGGCAACGCCGCGUUCAUGGCCUGGAAGCGCGAAUGAGGACCGAGCGCCGAAGCCGGAUGGUCUGGGCAUCGACAACCUUGGUAGGCCGGGUUUGCCACUGGAUGACCACAAUCACCGUCGACCACAUCACGUAUCCACGCCGAUUAUGGAUGCUGCGAAUCCCAACCAGCACGGCGAAUCUGAGUGGGCGAGCGACGAGGACAUCGGUAGCAACGACUCAGCCACUCCAUGUGACGAGUGCCCGAAAUGCGGUGCGCUUGUACCUUGCUUUGCGGCCCAUGCCCAUGCCAUAUACCACUCAGUACAGCAAAAAGAAUAA